AUAGUGCAGUAUAAUAUUAUUCAUAUGUCCCAGAUUGCGGUAUUUUCACAUUUUAUGAUUGGUUGAGGAAAAUGAGCCACAGUCCGUUGUCCGUAAUAACUACACGGUUUUCGAAUGUCUCUAUCAUGCUCCGAAUAGCAGUCAAAACCGAGAAAUCGUGUUUGUUGAAUAGGAGAGUCGAAUAGUCAAUUGCACCGUUUUAUUUCUGUGACGUAUAACGAUAAAAGUAGACCAAAAUACUUUGUCGACAUGUCUUUACAUUGAAUAGUGUCACAGUUCUGCAGACACUCCUCAACGAUCUCUCGUCGAUAUAUAUUAUAGUCGAACUGACUAAAAUUUAUUGUUCUUCUAUUCUGUUCUCGGCAUUUUGGAGCUACCGCGUAUCUGUGACAAAGGGACAACAGACAAGAUGUCCUUCACCCUCCGACAGACAGCCUCCUCUGGCCCGGUCUGUGUGGGUCUGAACCUUGUCCUUUUUGUGUUUGCCAUCUUCCUUGUAUCCCUUCCCGUCUCGCGAGCACAAGACAACUGUGGAUGGGACCGGACUGUCAGCUUGACCAAAGGCUCCAACUUCACAUUGAGGAGCCCUGACAUUUCCAUCACCAACCUAAGCAAUGCAGAGCCGUGCCAGAUAACAAUCUCCAUGACCAAUUACACGCCAAUUUCAGUGAACAGUAUACUUUCUAUACACAUGUACAUCUUGAGCUUCAACUUGUCUGGACCUGGGGUCUGUGGCCAAGACUCGGAGCGUCUAGAGGUCUCAAUUACUGCAGAUAGCACGGCUGAUACUGAUCCGAUGAUUUGGUGUGGCAGGACGUAUGUGGAGAAGAUGGAAUAUUACAUUCAAGUACACUUUGCCUACUUCCCGGGAACCAUGGGCAGAGGGCCAGGGUUUGAGAUCUUGUUUCAAGAUGGGCACACACCACCGAUGUGUGACGGCCUCCAACAGCUUGCAGUGCGGGAUGAACCAAUGCUACUGUUUUCUCUUCGCACCGGUGAAAGCUUCUUCCCAAACUCGUAUCAAUGUUCUUGGAACCUGACAGCACCGGAAGACAAAGUCGUCCUCCUUCGUUCUGCCCGGGCGAUUGCUCCAGUCUGCCAGGGUCCUUGGUUUCAUCCAGGGGAGAACUGCGAGAAUGUGGACUUUCAAAACAUGAAUACAGAAAACAGCUCAACAGAAUUGUCAGAUGACCAAAAUGGCGAUUAUGGACUUAUGGGAGAAUAUGUAGCAGCCUCCAAGGAAAUUAUCCAUUGUGAGAAUUCCACAUCCUUUAAAAAGAUUUCACUCACUACAGAGGAGAGGUUUAUACAGCUGGACAGCAACGCAACAAGGUAACUUUGUCCAUUCCCUACCUUAGAAUUACAAAGUUCUAUCUGACAUUUUUGGUCGUUUUCAGUUACUAAGACCAUGA